AUGGAAAAUCCUCUUUAUUUAGAUUAUAUAAAUAUUGUAAAGGAAAUAAAAGAUAAACAAGGAAGAAGUAUGAAAAUAUUAAAAUUUAGGUUUGCUCAAAAAUAAAUCCUUUUUGUUUAUUUAAAAUGGGUUAAAGGUCCUUGUUAAAAAUCUUUUAGAAAAGGUAGAUGGUACAGAUUUAGAAAUUAUGAAAUUGAACAGAAUGUGUUAAGACGUAUUCCUUUUUAGAAUUAAACUUACAGAUUACUAAGUAAACUGGAUUAAGAAGAAUUGAAUAUUUAACAUAUGAGAGUACCAAAUUCAAAUAUUUUAGGAAUUAGAGAAGAUGUUGGUGAACUUAAUUAUGAGUAAAGCUCUUAUCCUUAAAAGAUGAUUAAAUUUAAAAAAAAAAAUGGAAUAACUCAAGUUGAAUUAAAACUAAAAAAUAGUUUGAAAUUGAAAAAAAGAAUAAUUCAAAGUUGGCAACAUAAUAUAUAUUCAAGAAUGUAAAUAUUAAGGAUUAAACAAUAAUUAAAUGGAUAGGUAUUCAACAUUAACGAAAAACUAAAAUUAAAUUCGAUCUAGAUGUUAUUAGAUAACAUGUCCCAUAUGAAUGACUUGAAUCUAUUAAGAAACUUAACAAAAUGUAGAUUAUCUAAGAAGAAAUAACUGGAUAAAUACUGUGAUUGUUCUAAUUAUAAAUUUUCAUUAUCAUAAUCUUUAAUAUAUUUUGUUCUAAUAAUAUAAUUUAAAUUGCAAAUCCAUAAAUUAAACUUUAUAAAUAAAGAUUCAAUUAAAUUUAUAAAUUUGGGAUUUUUAAAUCAAUUAAUAUUUGCUUAUAGUAUAUUAUUAAAUUUUCAUAUAACUAGGAAAAAUCAAAUGA